UCAUAGAAGAAGACAGCAGCGACAAAACAACAACAGCAUCUGGCAGCUGUGUAGUUAUUGCCUAAUGUGCGAUAUCAAAUUAACAUCAAACUUUAUAAACUCUCUUUGAUUUAUUUGUCUACCCCAUCGUUGUGUCUUUUAAAUAUUUAAUGGAUGAUCAGAUCUAGACCAUAUAACAGCUGAAGAUAUCCGUAAACCAGCGGGGAACUCUUCUGUCACACCAUGGCCCAGCAGAGAGGAGUCAACAGCCUUCAGUUCAACCAAGACCAGAGUUGUUUCUGCUGUGCCAUGGAAACAGGUGUCCGCAUUUAUAAUGUGGAACCUUUAAUGGAAAAGGGCCAUUUAGAUCACGAGCAGGUGGGCAGCAUUGCCUUGUGUUCAAUGCUUCAUCGAUCAAACCUCUUGGCUGUAGUGGGAGGCGGCAUCAACCCCAAAUUCUCUGAAAUAUCAGUAUUAAUAUGGGAUGAUGCUCAGGAAGUGCGAGACCCUAAGGACAAAUUAGUUCUCGAGUUCACGUUCACCAAACCGGUCCUCGCUGUGCGCAUGAGACAUGACAAAAUCAUCAUUGUCCUGAAAAACAGGAUCUAUGUUUAUAGUUUCCCCGAGAACCCUGUCAAGCUUUUUGAGUUUGACACUCGAGAUAACCCAAAAGGUUUGUGUGACCUUUGUCCCAGUUUGGAAAAGCAGUUGCUGGUUUUCCCUGGACACAAAUGUGGCAGUCUACAAUUAGUGGAACUUUCCAACACAAAACCUGGCACAUCUUCUGCCCCUUUCACUAUCAACGCCCACCAAAGUGAAAUCGCCUGCCUGGCACUGAACCAGCUGGGAAGCGUGGUUGCGUCGGCCUCCAGAAAGGGGACGUUGAUCCGGCUGUUUGACACUACAACACGAGACAAGCUUGUGGAACUACGAAGAGGAACUGACCCCGCUACACUCUACUGUAUUAAUUUCAGCCACGACUCAUCUUUUCUGUGUGCGUCAAGCGACAAGGGAACUGUGCACAUAUUUGCUCUGAAAGACACCAAACUGAACCGUCGCUCUGCUUUGGCGCGUGUAGGAAAGGUGGGUCCGGUCAUCGGACAGUAUGUGGACAGUCAGUGGUCUCUGGCUAAUUUCACGGUGCCGGCUGAGUGCGCUUGCAUCUGUGCCUUUGGGAAGAACACCUCCAAAAAUGUCAACUCUGUUAUUGCCAUAUGUGUUGAUGGGACAUUCCACAAGUACGUCUUCACCCCUGAUGGAAACUGCAACCGCGAGGCUUUUGACGUGUAUCUGGACAUUUGUGAUGAUGAUGAUUUCUAAAGCUGGAGAUUGAGUUGUAUCUAAUGUAAAAUAGUGAACUCUGCUGGUUGAAAUCUUGCUGUUGCUUGUUUCUGUGAGUUUAUCUUAUUGCAAUGUAUAAUCAAAUGUAUAUAAAAUCAGUCUGUGUGAAUUAAUGUCUUCUUGUAAACUUUGAUCUUAUUGCA